GCUCGGGGCUCGGCUCCGGGAGAGCUCGGGCGGGAGCCCAGAGAGCGCCGCGCGGGGACCUCAAGCUAGACCCCAGCGUCCCGCCGCCUUGGCCCGGGCCUGCCCCGCCCCCGGCCCCGCCCCUUUCCCGCCCGCCCCACCCCCUCUACGCCCCUCCACCCGGACCCCGCCCCCUGAGCAGCCCCCCGCUCUCGCCGCCUGGGCCCCGCCCCCUUCCCCUGGCCCUCACCACCGGUCCAGGGAGGGGACAGUGGGACAGGCAGGACCGGUGGGACCGGCGGGAGGGCGGACCGGGCGGGGACAUGGCCGCGGCGCCCGGAGGGUCUGCGCCGCCCGCCGGCCCCAGCCCGCGCCUGGGUUUCAGCACCGCGGACAGCGGCGUCGGCAUGAGCGGGCUGAACCCCGGUCCUGCCGUGCCCAUGAAGGACCACGACGCCAUCAAGCUCUUCGUGGGGCAGAUCCCGCGGGGCUUGGACGAGCAGGACCUCAAGCCGCUGUUCGAGGAGUUCGGCCGCAUCUACGAGCUGACGGUGCUGAAGGACCGGCUCACCGGCCUCCACAAAGGCUGUGCCUUCCUCACCUACUGCGCCCGGGACUCUGCUCUCAAGGCCCAGAGUGCACUGCAUGAGCAGAAGACCCUGCCAGGGAUGAAUCGUCCGAUCCAAGUGAAGCCGGCUGCCAGUGAGGGCCGAGGAGAGGACCGAAAGCUGUUUGUGGGGAUGCUGGGGAAGCAGCAGGGUGAGGAGGACGUCAGACGCCUGUUCCAGCCCUUCGGCCAUAUCGAGGAGUGCACCGUCUUGCGGAGCCCGGAUGGCACCAGUAAAGGCUGUGCCUUUGUGAAGUUUGGGAGUCAGGGGGAAGCUCAGGCGGCCAUCCAGAGUCUGCACGGCAGUCGGACCAUGGCGGGCGCCUCGUCCAGCCUCGUGGUCAAGCUGGCGGACACGGACCGGGAACGCGCGCUGCGGCGGAUGCAGCAGAUGGCGGGCCAGCUGGGCGCCUUCCACCCGGCGCCGCUGCCGCUGGGGGCCUGCGGAGCCUACACCACGGCGAUCCUGCAGCACCAGGCGGCCCUGCUGGCGGCGGCACAGGGCCCGGGCCUAGGCCCGGUGGCCGCAGUGGCGGCACAGAUGCAGCACGUGGCGGCCUUCAGCCUGGUGGCCGCGCCGCUGUUGCCCGCGGCAGCAGCCAGCUCCCCUCCGGGCGGCGGCCCUGGCACGCUUCCUGGUCUGCCGGCGCCCAUCGGGGUCAACGGAUUCGGCCCCCUGACCCCCCAGACCAACGGGCAGCCGGGCUCCGACACUCUCUACAAUAACGGGCUCUCCCCUUACCCAGCCCAGAGCCCCGGCGUGGCUGACCCCCUGCAGCAGGCCUACGCUGGGAUGCACCACUACGCAGCAGCCUAUCCGUCGGCCUAUGCCCCAGUGAGCACAGCUUUUCCCCAGCAGCCUUCAGCCCUGUCCCAGCAGCAAAGAGAAGGCCCCGAAGGCUGUAACCUCUUCAUCUAUCACCUGCCUCAGGAGUUUGGUGAUGCAGAACUCAUACAGACAUUCUUACCCUUUGGAGCCGUUGUCUCUGCCAAAGUCUUUGUGGAUCGAGCCACCAACCAGAGCAAGUGUUUUGGGUUUGUUAGCUUUGACAAUCCAACCAGUGCCCAGACAGCUAUUCAGGCCAUGAAUGGCUUUCAAAUUGGCAUGAAGAGGCUCAAGGUCCAGCUAAAGAGGCCCAAGGAUGCCAACCGGCCUUACUAAUCUACUCUCACUGACCAGCCACAGAAAGAAACUGGGGAGUGAGAAGAAAGGAAAGGAAAAGCACAGAAACGCUUGAGCAGCCCUUCCUGAAGGAGCAGCCACAGAUGGAGGUGGAUCGGACUGAAGGCCGGCGCCUGGGGCUCAGGCCACUUGAAGGAUUGUUUUCAUCGAGUGGAUUGUUCUGUGCCUGUGGCAUAGAGCUCAGACUGGCAAGACAACCGGGGCUGGCUGAGGAUUGACUGUCUAGGGAACCAGCAGAGGACCUUGGGGGUGCCAAGGGCUUCUCCACAAGGGAGGCCCAGAUUUACUUCUUUGAAAAUCAUAUCAUUCCUUAGAGUUUAGGGACCAAAGGACUAUUGCUUUUUUAAGAAUAUAUAUAUCUAUAUAAAUUAAAACAAAAACAAAACAAAAAAAAAAACACAAGAGAAAUGAAAAAGACAGUAUAGAGUCUCAUAAAAGCUGCCUUUAAAUAUCCCUAGGAGACAGGGUGAAGGAGACCCUUGAAAGCCCCAGCAUAGGCAGAGGGAGGCUGUGGAAAUAUUGUUCUGUGUCUCAUUCCCUCUUAACCAUCCCCCCACCCCCUGCCUUUUUAAAAUAAUUAAGGACUUGAGGUCUAGGCUUAUAUGCAGGUAAUAAGAGUUAUGAAGCAGUGAACCCACAAUCCCCAAACUCAGAGAGCAUCACUGAAGAGGCCCCAGGAGGAGCUCUGGCCUGCCCUGGCCUUUGCCACCCUGAGAGGCCCCCUAGCCAGUAGGACUGGGAACCUGCCUUUCCUUCUUGACAGCCUUUCCUGUGGAACCACUGCUUCCCCAGGCAGGAAGAAAGAGGGAGUUUUGGCCACCCCGGCCUUUCCCUUCCCCAUCCAGAUAGACAGAGGCCCUGGCUUUGGCCAAGCCGAGAUACCUCCUGUUUCCCCUCUCCGAGCCAGCCCCAAUGUCCCCUUGCUCCAGGCCACCUUCUGUCUCUAAGUCUGUUUGCCCACCUGUAAAGUAGAUUCAGGAUAUAUGUAGAGGACUGUGACAACAGAUGAGGAAGGUUUGCUACUGUAUAUACUGCCAUUGAAAAGGGGAUAAUUUUCAAUAUGUAGAAGCUUCAGAAUUUAGAGGUCCCUCUUUACCCAGGACCUGGGAGGGAAGUAGAUGUUUUGCCAAAAUACUUCUUCAUUCCUUUAAAAAGUACAUCUUUCCUAUGCAAGAGUGUCUCACAUGUGCUUAUCCAAGGUGCUUCUAGAUGGUGAGCAGUGUUCAGCUUAGAAGUGGUGUGUGCUCUGUCUGUCUGUCUUUGUCUGUCUAUUGUAUACAGUGGGUGCCAUAUAAAGCUGAUCAAUGGUGGUGCUUCCUGCCUGCUUCUGUGAGAUGGGCAAAAGAUUCAGCUUAGAACACCAUGACUCACCUUGCCUUGGUCAGCCUUUCCUGGGCCUGUAGGGCCUUGCAUAUAUUUUUGCCAGGAGGAUAAUAUCCCCUCCACCCAUAGACGUGGAUCAGGCUAGUCUGGGGCCCCAGCUAUGCGGUGGGCACUCUGUCCCCAGAUGUUUCUGAGGCUGGAAGCCUCUGAUCUGAUAUCACAUCAGACAGUAAAGGAUGUGGGGGUGGGGGUGCAGGGUUCCUCCUUCACAACAGUUUCUAAGAAAACUUGUUCCCACCUGUU